UGUCAUCAGCGUCAGACUAGUUCUAACUUCUAGUCGGUUGUUUAUGGGAAGCCAUCAAGCCCUCAUGGCAGCUCUGUCAAUCUUAAUUCAUCUGCUACAUUUCAUCUUCUUUCGUUGGCAUUGUUGUCAACCAUUAAACGAAGUGAAUUGGAUGUCUGCUUCAGUGUGGUGAUUGGUAGAGGAGUUGUCUGUCUGUCAACUGAUGCAAGGCGUAUUAGGAAACAUAUGCGUUUUAUACUGAGAGUCAUGCAGGCUAACAGGAUAUACAAGAAACACCUGUGAAAAACAAACCCACCCCUACAGUACACACACAACACGAGCUCCAAAUCAAAAGCGAAAGUGAAAGUGUGGCUUUAACUGGAGGGUGAACAGAUACUGCACAUAUACUACAUCAGAAGGAACAGCACAACAAUGCCAAUCGAAUUCAGUGGAUGGGAGGCCUGCUGCGAAACCUUUAAGGAGCUCCAACCAGGCCAGACCCCCAGAAAAAGCCAUGGCUACACCAUGUACCACGGGACACACAAAAGCAACGCCCAGACUAUAAUAACUAACGGAUUCAAGCCUUCCACUGGGGGAACACUGGGAGCAGGUGUCUACUGCAGCAGGGACAUUAAGAAAGCCAUGAGCUACCCAGCCUUCUGUGCUUCUAAUGACAGAGUAGUUUUCAAGCUGCGGGUGAGAGUGGGCAAGGUGAAGAGGAUUGACAACCAGUGCAUGAAUCUGCAGACCACAUGGCACCAGCAAGGAUAUGACACAGCCUGGCUCCCCGCCUCUGUGUUGGGCCUUGAGGAAGACUGUGUGUGGGACCCGAAGCGACUCACCGUCGUAGCUAUAGCGCACUGUGGGGAUGCAGCCGUGAAAAAUUCUUUAGAGAGUCUUAUAAAGCAGCAAGGAAACGGAACAGGACAAGAGGCAAAUGGGUCAGAGGGGACACUUUGCAAGAGCUGUGGAAUGCAGACACAGGACACACACAGUGUAGAGAAGUGCUGGGUCUGUAAGACAGCUAUAUGUGCUUUCAUGAGAAAGCAUGUUUGCUUAAAGAAGUGAUUAGUCACCCACUUUUUCCUCUGUGAUUCACUAAUCACUGUUUCCUUAUCCUACUGUGUACUGUUUUGUGUGAUAAUCUGUACCAAAAUCACUAUACAAUGACUUGCAAGUAAUUCAUAAUUUCUAGUACAGGAUCUUGCUUUAUUCCACAUCUAAAUCUUUUUCUGGAAUUUUUCUUGUUAUUGUUUUUUCUUGCCACUCUUAGUUUGCUCACUGUUUAAUUGUUCAAAAUUUAUACAAUACACUACAUGCAAUUUGAAAUAUUCUAAUGAAUCAUGAAUUGAGAAAACAAAUAGCUCUAGUUUUAUACUAGGUAUAUGGGCCAGGAUUCAGAAGUGGGCAGGUAAUCUGUGAGAUUAUCAAAUAACAUAUGUGACUUUGUAAUCAGAUAAGAACCAAGUGCCAUGUGAAAGUAAGAUAUAUUGUAUAAAUCUGUUGUGAGAGGUUGUUUCCCAGAAAUGUAUUAGUUUUAAGUUUCAGUUUUCGUGAAUCCACCGCAUGACUAGACGAAAAUAAAUAUGAGUCAGACCCA